CUCUUUUCUCAGUCGUAAAUAAAACAUUUCGUGGGGUGAGUGACAUUUACCUAAAAAAGUUGGCUCUUUUUUGACUCGAGAUUGCGGAGAACUUUCCCACUUAAUAUCAUUUCUGCAUAAUUAGAAUUACGUCUUAUCGAGACAAUUUGUCGUCUUCGCUCAGUUAGUUUAAAGUGCGAAUUUUUACUCUCUCCAAAUCGAAGUGCCUUGGUGUGAAAAAACAAACCGAAUGAAAUUGUGCGCUGUCGUGAUGUGUGGGUCGUGAAGACACUUAAACAUGGAAUAUUCGUCUCACCUGAAAAUUUGAUCAUCGUGAAGUGUGCCUUUCAGGAUUAGCUCUCAAUUCUCCGCAUAAUGUCGGCAGCAGAAGAGAAAACUCUGAGGAUCGGGGAGCAGACACAACUUCCGUCAUGUCUGCGACAGAUGCUGGAGCAAGAGUGUUGUACCGACGUCACACUUUGCUGCCAGGGGAAACGGUUCAGUGCUCAUCGUGUCCUGCUCUCUGCCUGCAGCACAUAUUUACGGGAGAUCCUCCUCAUACACAGAAAGAAGAAACAAGCAACUGUGAUCCUGCAAGACGUGCAGGCAGAGGACAUGGAGUCCCUGCUCUGCUUUCUGUACAGCGGCGAAGUUACACUUCCGGAAAAGCGCCUCGAAUCGUUCAUGAGUCUCGCCCACCAACUCAAAAUCUCCGUCUUCAUAGAUCAGCAUCUCUACGAACGCUCCAUCACCCUUGGCCGGCAUUCUGGCGCGUCAGAUUCAAAAAUCUCAGAGCCCAGAAACGACCGAACUCAACCCGGAGUUGAGCAAGACAAGAAAGAAAACCUCCUGGUCGGGAGCAAAUCCGAAAUAGGGCCGGAAAUAAGCGGAAGCUGCUGGGUUGGAGGUAGCCCCACCGGAAGUAAAAGAGCAUGGCAAAGCCCGGAGAGGGAGUGCCCCCAGUGGAAGCGGAACUUUGACUGUGAUACGAAACCACCGCCCCUGCCGCAGACUCAGGACCAGGGACAAACAGACGUCCUGAAGGAGAGCUAUCUGAUCGCCCAGAAGCUGGGCUCCCUCGAGGGUGGCGGCCAGUUCGAGCGCUACGACCAGUUCCUCUCGCGGAUCGAAGCCAGCGCCAAACCGCCGCACUUCGAGGUGAAACCGGAAGCGGAGAACCAGACGGCUUUCCACUGUAACGUUAACUAUCAGCACAUCCUCAACUCCCUUUCGGGGGGCCCCGACGAAAAGAUUCUAGUCACCCCGAGCUGCCAUACUAGGUUAAGUCCCCCGGAGCAUCUGAUCCACUACUUCCACAGUCAACUCAACUACAACUUCGGGAAUUUGGCCGCCUGCGGUCCGUACAACUUGAGCAAAGCCCCGGAGUGGCCGUGGAUGCCUCCCCAUGGACCGUGGGCACGCCCCGAGGCUCUACCGGAGCCGGUCAUCUCGCCGCCGGGGAAGGAGAGGUUCGUGGCGCGCGGCUUGAAGACCCCCGGCGGGAUCCUGACCCCCUCGCCGUGGGCCCAGAAUAAGAUCCCGUGCGUCGGCGGGAUUCGGCGACCCACACCCAAGCGGCCCGUCAUCGUGCCGCCUUGUCCGCUACCACCCCCUGGACCCACCGCUAGCGAGGAACUUAGCGUUCCAGUCCCGAGCUUAGUCAAGACACACGCAUUUACUGAGCCUCUCGCAGGGAGCAGACCCCUAACUGAAGACAGAGAGGACAUGAUCGCCAUGAGAAGUGACAAGAGAUCUCCACUGGGCAUGGAGAGCGCGCGCUCGGACGGGCAUAUAAACAUUCCGAAGAUGACAACGCACGCGCAGCAUGGGAAGGCGGAGACCCCCGCGCCGCAGUCGACCAACAGUGGAUCACAGGACCCAACAUCGAAGCCGCUCAGCGACACGAAUAACAAUCGGUGCCCCGCGGACGCCUGCCCGGUGCCGGCCACCAUGCCCGGCCAGACGCUCGAGACCAAGCGGCUCGUCUGCACCGUCUGCAAGAAGACGUUCGACGACCAGGCCAAGUUCCUGAGCCAUCAGACGCAACACGCACGCGCCACCAGCACCACCACCGACGGCAAGAAGGUCCAAGCCCAUGAAUGUUCGUGCUGCCAAAAGGAAUUCCUCAGUGCGGCCGCCCUAAGGGUUCACAUGCGGACCCACACGGGGGAGAAACCGUUCCAAUGCGUCGAGUGCGGGAAACAGUUCUCGCAACUGCGGAACUACAAGUACCACCGCUCGGUGCACGAGGGGACGAAGGAGUUCGCCGCCACGUGCCCGGAGUGCGGGAAGUACUUCAACGACCGCGGGUACUUGAGCUCCCACAUGAAGAUCCACCGGAACCGAAAGGAGUACGGCUGCGAGUUCUGCGGGAAGAGCUUCAACCAGCGCGUCGCCUACAACAUGCACGUCCGCAUCCACACUGGCGAAAAACCUCACGUCUGUCCCCACUGCAGCAAGUGCUUCUCCCGCAAGAUGCUCCUCAAGCAGCACCUCCGGAUCCACACCGGCGAGAAGCCCUUCCAGUGCGUCAUCUGCCAAAAGGCCUUCGCCGACCGCUCCAACAUGACGCUGCACAUGCGCCUCCACUCCGGCGUCAAGCCCUACACCUGCACCGUCUGCUCCAAGUCCUUCACCAAGAAGCACCACCUCAAGACCCACAUGAACUACCACACGGGCGUCAAGCCCUACUCGUGCCAGAAGUGCGGGCUCAAGUUUAGUCAGUCGAGCAAUAUGCGGACGCACUUCAAGAAGUGCGUUGCGACCGCGCCCAAGCAACCUAGCUUGCCCGUCAAUCUGGCGGCUAGUUAGCCCCACGAGAUCUCCUCAGUGCCUUCUGAACACAGGACGGUAUUGAAAUGACCAUCUUGUGCUAAGUGACGACACUGAAGAACUUUACUGCCAUCGAUGUAAAUCGGUCAGUUGCGCCGGUUAUGGAAUCGUGUUUCGAUGCUUGGUUAUUAAUUGUUGAUCAGCUAAAAAUAAUAAGAUCUGUUCAAACAGCAACCCGAUACGUCCAUUAUUAACCGAGAUAUGUCGCUUUGAAAAAUUCGUUUAAUGACGUCAUCUACGAAGGGAGUGACAUCCUUGGUCUCAUUUGUCAGGAAGACACACAUUUUCACCGGUUACCCAACGUGAAAUUCGGAUGAAAGCAAGUGGAGGUAACCAAGGGUGUCACUACCGCCCGGUGGAUGUCGUCAUAAACCUAAUGUUGUGAAGCGACAUAACUCACAGUUGAUAUUGAAUGUAGAAAGUUGCUGUUUGGACAGAUCUCAUUAUUUCAAGCUAAUUUACUAGCACCAAGCAUUAAAACACGAUUCUGUGACCAGCGCAGCAGAUCCUUUUAGCCAGAUAUUGUGAUAUAAAUGUGGUCAACGAGAUCAGUAGGGUAGGAGGCAAAGCCACCUUGAUCUCUGACAGGAUGAUGAAAACGCGACUCUAAGUUAUAUAGUCAAAUUUAUUUCUGAAUUAAAAGGUCACCGUCGAUGUUUUUAUUGCUUCAAUUGGAUGCUCAUGAAUUUUCACUCAGCGAAUUUUAGAAAAGUCAUAACUUUUUAAACUUCGUUCUGCGUGGUUUUCAAGGGCGAUAGGGUGUCUUUCGUUGAUGAUUAAUUUAAGCGUGUAAGAGUUGCAUCGACCCAUCACGCUGUUUCUAAGUUAGGUAGAAUUCUUUUGUUUACCUUGAUUCUACUCUAAAUGGACUUUUGCUUCAGGGUAUUACAAAGGAUUCAAGAUCUGAGAGAUAUUAUGCAUGGUGCGAUCACAGAUGGAUCUAAUUCGUCUUGCCCAAAAUAUUAGCAGAAUUGCUUAGUAAAAUUAUUUUUUUUGUACACCUCAUGGAAUAUAAAAUGAGAUAUCGUUGAUGUAGGUCUGAACCAUAAGUUUUGCCUUUUUGUAAAACAAAUCAAAAAUAUUCUAGUGUUUGAGAGUCAUAAUGUACAGGUCGUAAUAGGAUUCUGUGCACGUUCUAGGUCCAAAAAUCUUGAGUUCUUGAUCUAAGAAUCGUCGCUUCGACCAUUGUUCCCAGAACGCACAUUUAGAGCACGAAUCAAAAUUAUUCUUUUUAUUUUGUAGGUAUUCACUUGUUGUAUGUAUGCUUCGCUGUUAUUAUAUUUUGCGAGAAUCAUGAUUCUUUUUUUCCUUAUUAUUUUUUUCAGUUUUUGUUUUAAUUGGUACCAUGUUUGACCAAAGCUUGGGCAUGAUCCAUGUAAUUUGUCAUCUUUCAUUCUCGGAUGUGAAGUUGAAUUUCAUUUUUAAGUUUAUAUAAUACUCAAUUUUAAUGUGAUAAACAAUUUUACCUUAAUCGAACUCUCAGAGUACAGUUUUUGCAUUUGAUUGAAUUUUAAAUGUGAUCGAUGUAAAAUAUAGAAAGUAUUUUACAACUAUUUUAAGAAAAAAUGAGCUUUUUUAUAAUUUUUCACAUACUCAAUUGUUGUACGAUAAGCAGCUUUACUUUUGUUAAAUUUUCCUGAAUUCUGAAUAAAACAAUUUUGUUAACCGAA